UAAUAUCGUCUUGUUUUGUGAUCCUACUUUGAAUUAAGCAAAAUGAGUGAUUCUGUAAAUGAUGGCGUGGUUCUUACGUUACUUAUCUCUGAAAUGAAUUGAUUGACAUAUUGACAAUUUAACCUCAAAAUGUAUCGUGACCGAGGCGAGAUAACUCCUGUGACGUACGUGAUAUGAUACAUAUCCUUCAAAUUUAGUUUUUAAAAUUAAACAAUUCACUCAGAUGAGUCGGUGUUAACAAAACAUUUCGGUUAGUUAUUGUUUCACUUUAGUCAACAAAUUCUUUACUGCUCUGCAAUAAAACAACUACUUAUACAAAAUGCAAGCCUUAUCUGAAAGUUUACAACCCUAUAAGGAUUUAGUGGGGCAAACUGCCAGCAUAGUGACAAUAGGGCAGUUUUUCUCAGGGGUUUUCGUAUGCAAAGAUAUUUAUAAAAAAGGAUCCACAGCAGGAAUUCCGGCGACUCCUUUUGUUGGAGGUAUUGUCAUAGGAACGUUGAUGUUACAGCAAGGAAUCCUCUUAAAUGAUCCUGCAAUGCUGCAGGUAAACGUGGCCGCAAUAUUUUUGAAUAUUUUAUACACCAUGUUCUACUACGUGUACUCGCCAGAUAAGGUCCGCGACGUAUUAAAACCUCUCGGGAUAGGAGCAACGAUCGUAGCCGUAUUUCUAGGAUAUGCUCAAAUCGAAGAUCCCGAAAACCUCGAAUUCCGUUAUGGGCUAAUAGUAACUGUUAUGAUGCUGUUACUUUUGGGAUCGCCGCUGUUGCAAGUGAGGGGUAUAUUAGAAAAGAAGGAUGCCUCUUCCAUUCCAUUCUCUCUUACGUUUAUGGGAACACUGGUAACUUUCCUGUGGUUGCUGUACGGAAUCAUUCUAAUGAAUGGAUUCAUGAUCUUACAGAACGUAAUCGGCUUCAUUUUGUGUUUGGUCCAGCUGAUAUUGAUACUGGUGUAUCCUGCUCGAGAAGGUCCGAAUAAGAAAGAAUCGGUAAAAAAGACCGAUUAACGUGACAACUUAGGUUCUAGUUCAAUUUUUUAAUCAAUUUAAUUUUUAUAUUACAGGGCGAAAUAACUCUGAAUAGGUAAUUGAUUGAGCUUACCCGGAAGUAUUUGUUAUUAAAAUAUUUAUUAUUUGUAAAACGUAAAUAAUAUUUUAUUAUAUAACUUGUCCACGGACCAAAUGUUAAA